AUGGGAUGGCUGAAGGCUAAUAUUGAUGGAAGUUUCUCUAAGGAGGCUGCUGGUGUGGGAGGAGUUAUUAGGAACUCCCUAGGAAAAUAUAUUUUCUACAUUUCAUCCCCUACUUGGGAAAAUGAUGCACUAGAAACUGAAAUGAUAGCCAUCUUCUGGGCUAUAUACCUUUCCAAGCAAUGUAACAUCUCUAAAUUAGUAAUUGAAUCUGAUUCCAGUAGCUUCAUCAAAAUUUUGAAUAAUGUGGAAGCUGCUCCAUGGAACCUUGUUUGGUGGCACAAUAAUAUUAAAAGACUGUUGAUUAAGUUUGAUGUGCAUUUCCAACACAUACUUAGAGAAGGAAACACUCCAGCACACAGUUUGGCAAUCAGGGGGAAGGAAACUGAAGAGAUUGCUGUAGGGACUAUACCUCCUAAUAAGUUAGCUCUCCUACUACAUGAAGACACCUUAUCCAUUCCUUAUCUUCAUUGUAGAGAUUGA